AAAGCCAGUCUGUAAAAAUGUGUUUUAAGAAGUGAUUUAAAAGAGAUUACUGAUUCUACGAGCUUUAUCUACAGGUUGUUAUCUGCAGGUUGUUCCAAAGCCGAGGGGCCCUGAUGGCAAAAGCACGGUCGCCUUUAGUUUUCAGCCUCGACUUUGGUGCUUUAAAAGUGAACAGUAAAUUCUUAAAAUCAAUUCUAAAACGAACAGGGAGCCAGUGGAGAGAAGCCAGGAUUGGGGUGAUGUGAUGUCGUCUGUUAAAACCAGUGAGAAGCCGAGCUGCUGCGUUCUGAACUAGUUGGAGGCGAGAGAGUGACCUUUGGUUGAUGCCAGAGAGCAGGGAGUUACAGUAAUCGAGUCUUGAUAAGAUGAAUGCAUGAAUGACUUUUUCCAGGUCAGGGUGAGAGAAUUGGUUUGAUUUUGGAGAUUCUUGUAGUUUGAAGAAAACAGGACUGGACAACUUUUGUGACUUGUGGUUUGAAGCUUAAAUCUGAAUCAAAAACUUCUCCUAAGUUGGACUUUAUGUUAACAGACAGGGGGCCAAGGGCACUUUCAAUGGGAGUGAUAAUGUUUGGGGGACUAAAUAUUAUGAUUUCUGAUUUUGAGCUGUUGAGUUGAAGAAAGUUUUGUACCUUCCAACAGUUGAUAUCAUUAAGACAGUCUAAAAUAGCAGCUAGGCUUCUGGGGUCAUCAGGUCUCAAGGGAAGGUAUAUCUGUGUGUCGUCUGCGUUAGCAAUGAAAAGAGACAUUAUGACGUUGAAUGAUUUCACCAAGUGGGAGCAUGUAUAUGGAAAAUAAAAUUGGACCUAAAAUUGAACCUUGCGGUACACACAGGUAAUGUGAGAUGUAGAGGAUGCGUAGUUACCUAUGGUGACCGAGUGGGUUCUAUCUGAAAGGUAAGAAUAAAACCAACUAAGUGCAGCAUCCUUGAUGCCAACCCAGGUUUUAAGACGGUUGAUUAAAAGGUCAUGGUCUACUCUGUGUCAAAGGCUGCACUUAGGUCUAAAAGAAUUCAAAUGGAGCUCUCCCAUCUGCCGGCUGCUUAAAGGAGAUCAUUGGAUACCUUGAAGAGGGCGGUUUCUGUGCUGUAAAGCUCUAAAACCUGACUGAAACCUCUCAAAGACGUUAUUAAGACACAUAAAAGCCCAAAGCUGGGUUGAAACCACUUUUUCUAAAACUUUUGAUAAAAACUGAAGUUUAAAAAUGGAUCUAAAAUUGCUAAGAACAGAGGGAUCAAGAUUAUGUUUCUUUAUAAGAGGUUGGCCCACAGCAUGUUUAAGAGUCGCGUGAGCUAUUAAUAAUCAAUAAAAUACUGGGACCAACUGUAUCAAUAACCUCUUCAAGACAUUUAGUUUGUAUAAAAUCAGGUUGAUUUCAUAGGGGAUAUGAUUUCAGCUAAAAAGGAAAGGGAAGCAGGUUUAAAAUUGCUAAAAUAACUAGGACUAUCCCUACUGACAUGUAAAACACGGUCUGGGGAAGGGGGGGAUAAUUUGUCCUUGACUCUAUUUUUAAAAAAGUUUAAAAACUGCCCACACAUCUUUUGUGUGGCCUCAGUAAAAUGACAUGGGAGGGGGUGACCACUGAGUCCAUUAUCUUAAAUAGAAUUCUCGGAUUUGCCAAAAUUAAGUUGGCUUCUUUAACUUCUGUAUAAUACGUUCUCAUUGCACAUUGAAAGCUGAUCCACCCACAGGAAGUCACACAAACCCACUUAUCUUCCUCUUUGGAAGGCUGUGAAAAGCAUUAUUCAGUAAAAUAUUCAUUAAACUCAAACAAACACAAAAGCAUUACCAUUUCGGUUUACUUCACAUGGCUGCUGCACAUAUGUUGCUGUCUGAAAGACUCAUUUGUGCUGAAUGUGAAUUUAUUGUACUUUCAUUUGCCUGUUAAUUCAAUUCAAAUAUUUGAAUUGGCUGUUCACCUAUCUGUACAAAUGAUGUCAGACUUUCCAGAUUCCUUCACUUAAAAACAAAACAAAUCUGGUUUCAUUAUAGACUUGAAUCUUGUUGAUAACAAACACCAUCAAAGCAAUAAACAGAGACUGAGACAUUGAAUUGAUAUGUUCAGACCCUUUAUUCAGUGCUUUGUAGGCUGGACAGAGCCCAUCAGUGAACUGGUACCCUCAGGUGUAAGUUUGGACAUUGACAGUUUGUCAGUGACAUUAAUGGACUUGUCCCACAAACACUUGUGUUUUGAUGGGCUUUGACCUUCAUCCCAUUCUGAAGUCACGUUCACUUUAGGUCAAGUUUUUGUCCAGCACCUGUUGGCUUGAUUCAUUGUCCUCUCAAUCCUGAGCAGUCUCUGUCUUUUUCUUUUUGCCACUGACUUCACUGUAGGUUGCGAUGAGGAGUGAUGCCUGGUUUUUCACAGUUGUAACUCUUGGCAAGUAACGAGCUGAGGUUUUUAUAUCAUCCGGCCACAAUUUCUUUUGUCAGCAGUCCUAAAAGUGGUAGUAACACCAGUCCUCGUAUGACUUGUCAUAGUUACUGCAAUUUCUCACAUUUCGCAUGCAAUGUAAAGCUGUUGGGUUGGUUAUCUUACCAACACCCUUCUUUAAAUACUGACUUUUGUAAAAAGUAAAAUGCAUGUUUUUGCUUUGUUGUUAACUUCCAGGGAAGGAUCCUGCACAUGGAGGAUUACAGACUUUAUUCAAGUGGAUUGAUUUUAAUUGAACAUUGAUGCAAUGAAAUAAAUAACUCAUUCGUGAUUUUUAUGCAAGACUUUCCACAUGCAAGGGUAUUGUGAAGUGAUACUAUUCCUUACUUUCCGUUUCCUCAGCAGUAAUUAGUCAACCCCUUUGUAGCUUUCUGGAGAAAUAUAUCAUCUUUGGGGAAAUAUAGAGAACUUUUGUGUAUUAACAGUUUAUGAAAAGCAGAACCGUCGGCAUCAGACUUCCUGUCAAUGCAAAAACCACAAACACUUUUUUUCUAUUUAGAAGUUCCCUUUAAAGACUGCAGACAGUUGUCAAGGGGUUAUUUCUCUGAUCUGCAGCCAGUGAGCAACACCUAUUCAACAUGCGGUGCUAUUUCAAUGGAACCCUGCUUUCCACGGUGCUGCCGCCAGUGCUGGGGACAGAGUUUGUGUUUGGAGUUCUGGGAAAUGGUUUGGCUCUCUGGGUCUUCUGCUUCCACAUGAGGCCAUGGAAGAGCAGCACGGUGUUACUCUUCAACCUGGCAAUGGCAGAUUUUUUCCUCAACAUGGCUUUGCCUUUCCGUGCCAUGUACUACAUCUCGAACAUCAAGUGGAAGUUUGGACACGCGAUGUGCAACAUCUGCCUCUUCAUGUUGGCACUGAACCGCAGUGGAAGUACCCUCUUCUUGAUGGCUAUCGCUGUGGACAGGUACAUGCGUGUGGUGCAUCCCCAUCAUCCCAUCAACUCUUUGAGUAUCACCAAAGCCAUGUGGGGAGCACUUGCAAUGUGGUUGCUCACCAUCUCAUUGACAGUUCAUGUCUUCCAUCUGCAACACUUCAACACAACCCGCUGUGAGAGCUUUAUGGUUGAUACUGAAAUGCACCAUAAUCUGAACUGGCACAAGUUUGAGUUUCUCCUUGUGUUCUAUGUGCCUCUGCUUGUGGUUCUCUACUGCACAUUCACCAUUAUUGGCCACCUGAGAAGGAGGCAGUUGUCCCAGCAGGCAAAGAUUAGGAAGGCUCUUUGGUUCAUCAUCGUGGUUGCGGUACUCUUCACCAUUUGCUACCUCCCAAGCAACAUCGCACAGCUGCUGAUUUGGAUCCAGACCAAACAAUUAGCCAGCAAACUCCCCGAUUCUGAAGUCUGCUCUGCUCUGGAAGACCUGACCAUUGUGUUUUACAUCACCAUUAGCCUGACCUAUCUCAACAGCGUGUUGGAUCCUGUCGUUUACUACUUCUCCAGCCCCAUCUUCAAGAACAUCUGCAGGAAAGUAUUUCAUCUAUCCCAGACAGACACUGGUGAAAGUACAGAGAACAAAACUCGAGAAACAGGCUCCCAGUCGCUCAGCCAGCUCUGAUCACACUUUUGUGAUCACACAAAAGUUCUCUAUAUAUCCCAUCAAGGAAACCAUUAAGAUGGAUGCAGCUCCGUAGUUAAAUGUUUUUAGUGAAAGUGACAUAUCGCUUUCAAAUUUGCCAUGUAAGUGCUAGAGCCAACAAGAUGAUAUUUUUGUACUUUUCAUAUACAGUAGUACAUAUUGAAUGUGAAAAAUGUAUUGCCUUUGGAAAACAUAUGCCAUAGCAACAUUGUAAAGUUGUUAUUUUUUCUUUGCUAUAUAUUGACUGCACAUUUCUGAAUAUUUCUUUUGUAAAAUGUAUGCUACUGUAAAGCUUUGAAAUAAUUGAUGUACUUAAUAUUUUGUCCAACUUCUAGACAAUUGUCUAAACUCACAAUGAAUUCAGUUUUGUUGUUUGGUUAAUUUAAUGAACUUUAUUAACACGACAUUGUUGUACUAAUAUCAGCUUAUGAAUAAAAUAUCAUCUUUUAAGCCUAUGAGAAAACUGCAUCAUAAUUAUGGAAACACACAUA